AUGUCGAAUCUGAUACGAACAGAUCUUCCAAAGAAGAGAAAAAGAGGAGAAAGUAGGGUUUUCAGGCUCAAGACUUUCGGAGAGACAGGACAUCCAGCUGAGAUGAACGAGUUGUCUUUUCUAGACAAUCUCGGGAAGCUACUUGAGUUUGGUCACUUUGAGAGCUCCGGUCUCAUGGGAAGUUGGUCUUUUCAGCUCGAGGUUCAUCGUCACCCAAAUCCUCUCUAUGUGCUUCUCUUUGUCGUCGAAGAACCCAUUGAAGCCUCUAUUAACCUUCGUUGCAACCAUUGCCAAUAUGUUGGCUGGGGAAACCAAAUGAUAUGCAACAAGAAGUACCAUUUCGUGAUCCCUUCAAAGGAAACAAUGGCCGCCUUUCUAAAAUUAGAAGGCGGAAGCUGUGCUUUCCCCGAAAAGGAAAGUCUCUCCCAUCUCGUGGAGCUUCAAGGCCAUGUCCUUCACGGCUUCUUUCACUCCAACGGAUUUGGUCACUUGCUCUCUCUCAAUGGCAUCGAAUCCGGUUCCGACUUAACCGGUCAUCAAGUCAUGGAGUUGUGGGAUCGGCUCUGCACCGGUUUAAAGGCCAGGAAAAUAGGUUUGAACGAUGCAUCACACAAGAAAGGAAUGGAGCUGAGGCUGCUGCAUGGUGUAGCAAAAGGAGAGCCGUGGUUCGGUCGUUGGGGCUACCGGUUCGGUUCAGGGACAUACGGAGUGACUCAAAAGAUUUACGAGAAGGCACUUGAAUCGGUCCGUAACGUACCUUUGUGCUUGCUUAACCAUCAUCUAACAAGCCUUAACCGUGAAACUCCAAUCCUCUUUUCAAAGUAUCAAACUUUAUCAACGGAGCCAUUGAUCACUCUCAGUGACCUCUUCAUGUUCAUGCUUCACCUCCAUUCACGUCUUCCAAAAGAUAACUACAUGAACAACUCCAGAAACCAAAUCAUCUCCAUUGAUAGCACUAACUGCAGAUGGUCUCAAAAACGGAUUCAAAUGGCUAUCAAAGUGGUUAUAGAGUCAUUGAAGAGAGUUGAAUACCGAUGGAUAUCGAGACAAGAAGUGAGGGAUGCGGCUAGAAACUUCAUCGGGGACACGGGUUUGCUUGAUUUCGUGUUGAAGUCGCUUGGAAACCAAGUUGUUGGGAAUUAUCUGGUCCGACGUAGUCUAAAUCCGGUUAAGAAAGUGCUCGAGUAUUGCUUGGAGGACAUAUCAAAUUUGUUACCAAGUAGUAACCAAGAACUCAUAGCCCUUCAAAAUCAGAAUCCAAUGGGGAAGAUGACCACUACGACGACGAAGAUCACAAGAGGUCAAGUGAUGAAAGACAUGGUUUAUUUUUACAAACACAUUUUAAUGGACUACAAGGGAGUGUUAGGCCCCAUAAGCAUAUUGAACCAAAUCGGAAUGGCUUCAAGAGCAAUCCUCGACGCUAAAUACUUCAUCAAAGAGUAUCACUACAUCAGAGAUACAUCGACCAAAACAAUCCACUCAGAUCGAGGGGACAAGUUAGGAAUAUUCUGCACGAUCGCGAGGAAAUGUCAUCAUCAUCAUAACAACGAGAUGAAGAUGCCUCCACAAGAGUGCAUAGUGGUAAACAAAGAUGCAACAAUGAGCGAAGUGUAUGGAGAGGCGGAGAGAGUGUUUAGAGAGAUCUAUUGGGAACUAAGAGACGUCGUGGUGGAGUCAAUGGCUGAUGGUCAGAGGGAAAUCAACACAAGGGUCGAUGAUAUGGCCUUGAAUGGGAAUAAUAAAGGAUUGGUGUUACAAGGGAAUGUGGGAAUGAUGAUGAACAUUGAAGUGAUGAAGUGUUACGACGAUGAUAGUAAGAAGAAGGAUAAGAGAAUUGAGUGUGAGUGUGGAGCAAAGGAAGAAGACGGAGAGAGGAUGGUGUGUUGUGAUAUUUGUGAAGUAUGGCAACACACAAGGUGUGUCGGUGUUCAACACAAUGAGGAAGUUCCUCGUAUUUUUCUUUGUCAAAGUUGUGAUCAACAUCUUAUUCCUCUCUCUUUUUUACCUUAA